UUGUAUAGAAAGGACAGCACCUUGAGAAAUUUCUGUAUGGAUUUGAGAGAAGUACAGAGCCUCCAAAACCUCGACCUGGGAAACUAGAAAGGAGAGAUUCCGGAGCAUCAUUAUUGUCAAAUUCGAGUCUUAAGUUAUGCCAGACAAUGUUUGAGAACAACGCUAAUGGUAUAUAGAUAGGCGUGACCAUGUGGACGGUGACUUGUUGUUAGAAAAAUCAGAGGUGGAAGGAAUUUAUGAUUCCUUGAUUUAUAUAGCAAGGUAUGCUUAUAGAGUUCCGGACUGGUGUCAUCAUUUGUUGUACACUGCACGUAUGUUUGUGAAACAAACUUUAGAAGCAUAUUUAGACUGGUACACAGACUAUAAAGUUCACAUGGUCACACGGGAACACAGGCUGGUCUCCCUAAUUCAACUACUUAGAGAUGUGCUUUUCUUCGACAAUGACCCACCGAGGACAGACGAUGAUAAAAGAAAACGUUUCCAAGAAGUGACGACUGGCUGCCUGAACUUCCUGCCAAAACCAGCGGUAUGGGUGAUAGGUGAGACUCCACAUAGAGAGGGAACUUUAAUGAUUCUACAUGCUUUACAACAACCUAAACUUAACAAACAGCUCAGUUACGUGUUCCUAGAUAUAUUCAUCACAGAAUUGUUUCCAGAGUUAAAGCAGUGAUCAACUUGAGUGAAUACAUGAAAUCAUCAGCAAGAAAAUUUUAUAUAUAGAACAAUAAUGUUUUGCUUAACUCAAUAUUUAUAUUGUUCUGUUUGUGAGAUCUAAUUUUAAGGUUACAGUCAAAAUUUGAAAGUGGGAACGGACAAUGAUUCAUAAUGUACAUAUCAUUCCUAUUUGCCCGUAUGUGCUUAAAUCCAGUCUGCUGAAACCUAAAAUGAUAAACAUUUGCCACCAGUAUAAGGCUAGACCAACCUUCUCAUUCUUGAAGACUAACUAGCAUCUAUACUAAUGACAGACUAACUUUUAAUAUUCACUUUUGUAUCUCAAAAUUGAGAAUGGACAGUUUUCAAAGUGUAAUGUAAGAAAUUUAGCAGGUUAAAGGUUAACUAGCCUCCGAGUCUGAGUGGUGAAUGGCUACCUAACAUCGAUCCUCUACUCAUUGAGGGCAAUUUCCUUGCUAAAACUGUUUGAAUCAGUAUUAUAUCAGAGGUUUAUCACAAUUUUGUUAUAACUUGUAUAUGUUAUGUCAAAUGAUGUAAUGUUGUCAUUUAUAUGUAGUGGAUGUUUGUCUGUUUGGGUAGAUUAUAGAUCCACUGUAAUGAUCAACUGAGUUGUUUGAAGGAAUAGAAAGAAGUGUCUGUUUUGUUCAGUAAACAAAUUACUAGCAGCUUAAAUAAUGUUUGUGUCAUUGAGUGAUUUUUAUUUAAUUCAUGUAAAACUACUUAGAUAUAGUAAUAAUGACGUGCAAUAUAUCUUUACAUGCCUACUGUGAUAAAUUAUGUAUUGAAAUGAAAUAUUGUAAUUUGAUUGACUUGGAUUCCUAUCUUAGACACAAUUAGAGAAAAAUUACAUUAGUUUAGAAAUGGUAUUGUCACUGAUCUGCUAUUUAUCGCUCUUGACCACAGUGGUUUUGAAUACUGAUAUAUUUUGACAAGCGCAUAGCGUCGAAAGGUUGUAAAAGGCCAUAGGUUUUGUAUAAGCGUAACGAAUACCUAAAAGUUAAAUUACUAUAUCGCUGGUACAGUUAGUUUAACUUUAAAGACUUAAUUAUGUAAAUCACUUCAAAAGAAUUUUUAAGGUGUUUGACAAAUGUUUGAUUGUUUUCCUCUUACAUUAAAAUUAAUUUCAUUCUAUCGAUGAAAUAUGUUCAAUCUUUAUUCCACUAUAACGUAUUCAUGAAGAUUUCAUUUUUAAUGGUUACAUAUAGAACAAAAAUUGAAAAAGAUAUUGAUAUUUUUUUAUCAAAGGACUAUUUGUGUUAAACUUUUACGAUUGUUUUUAAAGAACUUAACAUUAUUCCAAAACUUGAACAAUAUCUCUGAACAAGAGAUUUUUCACUAUAUUAUUUGUUACACUUCAUUGAUGAAUUGAUGAUUAACUGUUCAUUUUAGCUCGACUUGGGAGACCUAUUGUUUUCGCUCCGGCAUCAGCAACGUGCUUAAUUAAAGAUUUUGUGUGCUAGUUUGUAACUUGUGCAAGUUUGUUACUCGAAAAAUACAUAAGAGAAUUGGCUGAAACUUUAGACACUUACUUAAGAGCUUAUUAUGUGGUCAUAGCUAUAACAUGGACUUUGACAGAAUUAUUGUCCUUUUGAAGAAUAAAAAUCACAUUAUCCAGACUCUUGUUUUAUCGCCAGGCACUGAGAAUAGUAGAGCACUCGGUCAUCAGACAACUCUUGUUACUUUAAAAUAUGUGGAAAUUUUAUGAGCUAAAACUUCUAGCUAUAAUGAUUGCUACGGCAGCAUUGUAAUCUGUGUUAUUGUCUUUAUCGCCGUGUCUUAUGUUGCCCAUUAUUCAAACAUCUCAACAUGAAACUUAUAAUACUUGCUCAUCAUCAUAUGUGCAGUUGUUAGACACGGGGAAAAGUCUAAAAGCUAUAUAAUUGGAGUUAUGUCCAUUUUGAACUUUGAUUUUUCGCAAAAUUCUUCUUCAGUUGAAUGAUUUUAAAGUAUGAAAUUUGUCAAUAAGAAAAUUGAUUGCUUGUUUAAUUUAACAAGGUUCAUUUGUUUGACAAGGGUCAUUAAUUUGAAAGCUAAUUUUUGUUUAGGUAAUGUCCUUUCGUAGCAUAGAAGUUUUGUCAAAUUGCUAAUUAAGCUAAAUGAUUCCAAAACUGAUCAUUAUAACAAUGCACAAUUGUAAAAACUAAGUGCAUUAUCCUUAGUUCAAUAUUUGAGUAAGACUAGAGGCAUUCAGGCAAUAUUUUUAAGAGUUAUGUCCCUUUUUAACUUAAAAAUAUGGCUAUUGAUUAUCAUCGCGUAAACACCGCAUCGUGUUACAAGAAUGCGAUUUAUAUUUAUAAAAAAAAUGUCAAUAGAUUUUUCUUUUAAGUUAAAUGUUCACUGUGUUAUUGAUGAAAUAAAACUCAAAUAAAUGUGUAAUAUUAAUGUUUUGUUGUUAUUAAUUUG